UCUAUAGACUCUAUUGCUUAAAAUUAAGUUAAAAUAUAUAAAAUAAAUUAUAGUAAAACGUUAAAAUCUAUAAAAUCAAUUUAUUAAAAAUAAGUCACAAUAUAAAAUCAAUAGAGCCCAAGUUAAAAAGGUUAAUCAAUAAGUUAAAAUCUAUCUUAAAACUAAGCUAAAAUAUAAAAUGAAAUUAAAAUCUGUAGACUCUAUUGCUUAAAACUAAGUUAAAAUAUAUAAAAUAAAUUAUGGUAAAACGUUAAAAUCUAUAAAAUCAGUUUAUUAAAAACAAAUUGAAAUCUACAAUUAAUAUAUGAGUUGAUCAAUAAUGGAUUAAUAAAUAAGUUAACAAGUAAAAACAAAUUAGAAUAUACAAUUAAUAAAAUCUAGGUUAAAUAGUAAUGUAUUAAUAAAUAAGUUAAUGAAUAAAAACAAAUUAAAUAUAUAAAAUAUAUUGUUAAAAAUUAAAUAAACACACCCACGUCCACUUAAUAAAUAAUAAAUAAAAUUGAAUAAAUCGAUCAGUUGAUAAAGCUAAAUACUAAUUCUUAUAAAUAAUAAUUCAUUAAUUUCAAUAAUCAAGCUUUCCUGUGAUCAGUUUUUUUUUUUAAUAAGAGAGGAGAGAGAAAAAAAAAUGAUAACAACAAAAUAGGUUGGGCUCUUUCGGUGACAGCUGUUGGUAUUGAUAAGACGCCACUGACCUUGCUGGAUGGAGGCGGCCGCUGUGAGGUGGAGGGGGCCGACAAGUCCUAUUCUGCACAGCGAUAAGGACCCCGGUCCCACAGGCACGUUGAGUUCUUUACCUCCUGGUCCUGGCGAAGUUCUUUGCUUGAUUUUUUUCGAAAUUCAAGUAGCAGGUCUCCAGCAUACGUCUUCGGUCACAUGUCAAGUUUUGGCUCAAUUGGGCGAAUAAAACUCAAUCAAAUAGGACACCGCCGUGGAGCCGAUGUGUCUUUGUCACCGGCUAGAGCCGAACUCUCGAACUCAUUUGAAACAAUAGCAUAAGACAAGUAAAACAUAUUUCUCGUUAUGCUAACAGUGUUGGAUUUUAGAAUGAAAGUGUUGGUUGCAAUGAUUAAAAUUUGGCUCUUUCAUCAUUUGAAUUCAAAAUAAAAAAAGAUGGUACAAAAUUUUAUUGUUAUUGUAGCUAUUAAUGGUUCAUUCACACAGAUAUCAACAGUUUCUUAAGACUCUUUAAUUAAUAAAAAAAUCGUUCAUAAAUUGUUGUUUUGAUUAAUUUUUAAGUAUAUUUCGAAAAAAAUUACACAGAACUGCCGAAAUAUUAAUUAAUAAAAACAAAAUCAACAAAUAUUUACUAUAAUUUUUGCUUAAGGUUAUGGAGUAAUUGUUUUUAUGGCAUUAGGGGUCGUAAAUCAUUUCAUGACUUCAGCAUGGGCAAAUGUGCGUCUUUUCAGUGGGGAGUAUAACGUUCAUUCGUCGCCAUUGUCGCCCGUUAGAAGCCCGUGGAUUAGAAAUAGGUUCUACCAGAGUUGUUUACACGUUUUUUAGCAUUGAAUUUGGAUUAUAUUGAGUAAUAUAUUUUACAGUUUUGAUGGUGGAGUGCUGUAGUUUUCUUAAAUCGUGAUGGGAAUUCAAAGUGAAAUAAUAGACAAUGAAGACGAACAAUUACUUAAAAAAAGAUUAAAGAAGAAGCGUAAAAGUGUGGUUUUUGAGAGUGAUGAAAUCCUAAGUGACAGUUGUAAAACCAAAGGAGAGCAUGAUAGUCCCAAAAGUGGUAAAACCAAGAAAAGGCACACUACAAUUUAUCCAGAUAAUGUGGAUAAUGAUAGUGAAUCUCAUGAAAACCAAAUGAAUGCAUCUAGAUCGCACUCUGAGUCCAUUUUAAAAUCCAAUGAAGACCACUCAGAAAAUGAGAUAGUUAAUAAAAAAGUAAAAAAGAAAAAGAAAGACAAAGAACGAUUAAGCCUUCAAAUUGCAAUUGAACCAGAUAUUCAUGAGAUUUCCGGAGAAGAGGGUGAUCCUGAAAUGAUUGAAGUUCUCCCAGAAGAGGAAAUGCACAUUGAAGAAGAACAUGAAUAUGGAUUCACAAAUUUGGAAACUGAUAAUAAAAUACCUGAAGAUGAAGACUUUUACGACGGUUGGCCCAAAGAAGACCUCAAAGAACUCUUUACCAGGAUGCAGCAAGCGUUACCGAAGAAUGACAGCUUCAAAGCUACCUCUAGGCUUCAGAAGUUGGACUGGGAAAAAAUUAAAUUUAACAACUACACUGCUGCUGACUGUCAAGAAAAAUGGAAAUGCGUAGAAAAGAAAAUUCGUGGAUUCAGGCUACUAAGUGAACUGCUGUCCGACGCCAACGAUUGGCUGGAAAAACCAUGGACGGACUUCUAUAGAAGUGAGAGAAAGAAUCGCCAUCCAGGCAUGCCAAAGAGACCACUGACUUCAUUCAUGCUAUUCUAUAUGGACAAAAAGAAGAAAUUCGCAAAAAAAUAUCCUAACCUUGAAAUGAGUAAACUUUCAAAAGUCAUGGCUGAAAAAUUCCAUACACUUUCUGAAAAUAAGAGAGAAAAGUAUAAAAAAUUGGCUGUAGCAAUGAGAGAAGAAUAUAAUGAGAAAAUGCAGAAAUUCCUUGAGGAACAUCCGCUUGAGGCCAAGCAGAUGAAGAAAAGUUCUAAAGUGAAGAAAGAUAAAGUAGUGGUCUCUGGACCAACGAAGCCAGUUACUCCGUUCAAGAUGUUUUAUCAGGAUAAACUUAAACGUUUAAAGGAGGAAGACUUACCUGUACCUGCAGACUUUUUAACUGAGUGUAAGGAGAAAUGGAAAGAUAUGAGUAACAGGAAGAAGAUGCCUUGGAUUCGUUGGGCUCACGAGGCAGAAAUGAAGUACCUGGAAGAAAUUAAGCUGUACACUGCUGAAAAUCCUAACUUUGAAGCUCCACCUUUUAAGUCAAUACUUUCUAAAGCUGAAAAAGAAAUCUUAGACAGGGUGGAAGGUAAGCCCGAGAAGCCUCCAAACUCUGCCUACAGCCUGUUCUCUCGACUGAUGUUGAAGGAUCCAAACAUUAAAGAAAAGUUUGAGACACCUAAGCAACGCUUGCAAGAGAUUGCCCGGCUGUGGAAGGAGGUACCCAAAGUCGAGAGGGAGGAAUAUGCUGAGAAAGUAAAGCAUCUCCUUGAAAAUUACAAAUUGGAAUAUGCUACUUACCUCGAUUCUCUGUCUGAAGACAAGAGAGAAGAAGAGUUGGCCAGUAACGCACCUAAAAAGAAGCUUAGAGCUGGUGCAGCGAGUAAUUCAAACAAAAAACUUAAGCAGACAACUUUAGAUGCAAUAACAAAAACUCCCGAACCAGCUACGAGAAAAAUACUUUAUACUGAGGAAGAACUUAUGGCAAAGGAGCCACCCUCUGCUCCAACGGAGCCUUUUAUUCUCUUCAGAGAUGAAUAUUUGAAGAAAGGUUUGAGUGAAAAAAAGGCGAUUAAAGCCUGGAAUUUAUUAAGUGACUUGGAAAAGAGGAAUUAUGAGCAGAAAUUAGAAGAAGCCAAAAAGGAAUAUAUUACAAACUAUCGAGCUUUCCUUAAGAGUCUGAAGCCAGAAGAGUUGAAGUUGUAUUCACAGAUUAAAGAGAGAAAUAAAAAAGAGCUUCCGUCAGAGGAUGAAGACGAUGGAGUUGAUGAGGAAGAAGCGGAGUCGUCCGCUGUCAGUAAUGUAGAUGAAUACAGUGAAGAAGAGUAUUGACACACUGGAGAUCGUUAUUUUGGCGCCCUAAAUUAUUAUUUCCGAUUCCUUUUCCGAAGUAUUCAACAUUUAUCAAAGACUUUGUUGAAGAGGGCAUGGAACAUCAAGAUUCUUCUUACUAAGUCAAAGAAGAAUAAUGGAGUUUUAUUACUUUUAACUUGACUCUAAUUGGAUACACCAUGCCAAUGAAAAUAUGUUACUAUAUUGUUUAUUAUUAUUUUUACCUUUUAAUAAAUGAAAUGGUAUCCAUUUCAAUAGUCGCACAUUUUCUCCGAUGAGAAUUUAUUGUUAAAAAUUAAAAUAUGACUUGUUUUUAGUAGAUUGUACAUAAUUGUAUACAUAAAUACCUUAUGUAAUUUUUACUUAUAAAUUUUCAUUUUAAAAUGUUACUUUUAUUAGAAAUGAUCGUAAUAUUUUUUGUUACUUAUUACAGAAUAAAAUUCUUAUUUUCAUUAUUAACUCCUAG